AUGGAUGCGGGUGGGAAUAACUUUGACUCCGGUCAACAACCUCAGGAGCAGGAACUGGCGACCAAAAUGCUCCAAAUACAGUCCAAGAGGUUUUAUCUAGACGUGAAGCAGAAUAGGAGAGGGCGGUUUAUAAAAGUUGCAGAGAUCGGCGCUGAUGGCAGGCGAAGCCAGAUAUUCCUGGCUAUGUCAACCGCGGCAGAAUUCAGGGACCAUUUGUCGGCGUUCAGCGAUUUCUACUCGUCGUUGGGCCCACCAAACCCGGAUAACGUGCCGGAUGACGGAAAACUCAAAUCAGAGAUGAUGCUUAAGGACAACAGACGCUACUACUUAGAUUUAAAAGAGAACUCGCGCGGUCGUUUCCUGCGCGUGUCCCAGACACAGACGCGGGGCGGUCCUCGUGCACAGGUAGCUCUGCCAGCGCAGGGGAUGAUAGAGUUCCGUGACGCACUCACCGACCUGCUGGAUGACUUCGGAUCAGAUGAUGGAGGAUUCAAGGGCGAGUUACCCGAAGGGCGCCACCUCCGCGUAGACAAUAAAAACUUUUAUUUCGACAUCGGUCAGAACAACCGCGGCGUCUACAUGAAAGUCAGCGAGGUGGUACCAUCGUUGCAAGUGAAGAGCAACUUCCGCACCGCUAUCACAGUACCAGAAAAGUGUUGGACGCGCUUCAGAGACAUACUGGCUGACUACUGCGACAAGAUGAACAGGGCGCACGACCCAGAACACCAUCAGGGCGCCAGCGGAGCACCCGCGCAACGCGCUCCAUCAGCGCAGCCCAACAGGGACGUGAAGGAUUAUAAAAUUUUGGCAAAAGGUCAACCCACUGAUUCCACAGAUCUCGAAUUAGAGAAUCCUUCGCCGGCAGCGCCCCGCCCCGGAUUUGAUGCGGCGGUGACGUCAUUCCCCGCGCCCCCCGCCUCGCCGCCCCUCCCCCGCCCCCCGCUCCUGUACAUAGUGUCCAUAUACGUGUAG